UAGUAUCUUUUAUUUUUUUUGGAAACAAAAAAGUUAUCUUUUACUUUUGCCUCGUAUGGGAAACCAAGUUAGGAAGCUAACAUCUUCAACUUCAUGCCCAUUUAGAGCACAUUGAAAGAGUUUUAAGAUCUAAAACUUUUUUUUUUCUUUUGAUGGGUUUUCAAAUCUGGCCAAUGGGUUCUUUUUGUUUGUGGGUGUGUUUUGUGUUCUUGAGUUUUGUAAGUUCACAAACUGCUGAUGAAACUGUUGAAGGAACUGUUUUUAUUGAUGGGAAAGCUGCCAUUGGUAGAAUAGAUGAAGAUUUCAUUUGUGCUACUUUGGAUUGGUGGCCUCCUGAGAAAUGUGAUUACGGUACAUGCAGUUGGGGUCUUGCUGGUCUUCUCAAUCUGGAUCUUAGUAAAAAUAUAUUCUUGAAUGCAGUAAAAGGCAAUUUAAUUUUUAGAUUGGGCGGCACAUUACAAGACAAAGUCAUAUAUGACACAGAUGACAAUCAACAGCCCUGCUCUUCGUUUGUCAAUAACACAUCUGAGAUGUUUGGUUUUACACAAGGAUGUCUACCUAUGAAUAGAUGGGAUCAACUUAAUUCAUUCUUUCUGAAAGCAGGCGCUAAGGUUAUUUUUGGAUUAAAUGCUCUUGCUGGUCGAACUAUAGAUUCCAAUGGUGAAGCCGUUGGUGCUUGGAACUACACCAAUGCCGAAUCGUUUAUUCGAUACACUGUCAAAAAGAACUAUACCAUUCAUGGUUGGGAGUUAGGAAAUGAAUUGUGUGGGAGCGGGGUUGGAACUCGGGUCUCGGCAGACCAGUAUGCAGCUGACACUGCAGCUCUUCAAAGCGUAGUGGAGAACAUAUACAAGAAUGUCGAUUUGAAGCCGUUGAUUAUUGCACCUGGUGGGUUCUAUGACUCGGAUUGGUUCAAAGAAUACAUAAAUAAGACAAUCAAAUCUGUAGAUGUUGUCACUCACCACAUAUACAACCUUGGACCAGGAGUUGAUGACCACCUUGUUGAAAAGAUUCUUGAUCCAUCGGUUCUCGAAGGUGAGUCUGGAACAUUCAGCGGCCUCCAUAACAUCAUUAAGAGUUCUCCAACUUCAGCAGUUGCCUGGGUGGGUGAGGCCGGAGGGGCUUACAACAGUGGCCAUAAUCUUGUUACAAACGCAUUCGUGUUCAGUUUCUGGUAUUUAGAUCAACUCGGCAUGGCAUCGAAGUAUGAUACGAAAACGUAUUGCAGACAGUCACUGGUUGGUGGAAAUUAUGGUUUACUGAACACCACCAACUUUGAACCAAAUCCAGACUACUACAGUGCUCUUCUUUGGCACCGGCUAAUGGGAAGAAAUGUUCUUUCAACAAGCUUCACCGGGACUGAAAAGAUCCGCUUGUACACUCACUGUGCAAAACAAUCAAAAGGCAUCACACUACUAUUGAUCAACCUAGACAAUAGCACUACGGUCCAGGCAAAGCUCGCUUUCAAUAGUACAAUGACCUUGCGACGCAAGCACCGUUCUCGUACUUCACACCAUAAACACAAAGUCCAUAAAACAAAGAUCAUCAAGCUGCCUAAAGGCAUCGAUGCUAAAAUAAGAAGAGAGGAAUACCAUCUAACAGCAAAAGACGGAAAUUUACAGAGUCAAACCAUGCUACUUAAUGGAAACGUUUUAAGUGUAAAUUCUUCAGGGAUCAUACCUCGAUUGGAGCCUUUACAUGUAAUUUCGGCGAAGCCGAUAACUGUUGCUCCUUUAUCCGUUGUGUUCGCUCACAUGCCUGGGGUUAUUGUCCCUGCUUGCAAGGUUCAGCCGUAGAGGGAACUAAAAUUGGUUCCUUUUAGGUGAUUGAUUGAUCAAAUAAGAAAUAUAGCAUGUUACAGA